AUGGUUUUUGGAAUCACAAAACAGUACGUUUUGGUCUUUAUUCCUUUGGCCGGAUUUGGAUUCGGAUGGUUUUUAGACUGCAAAGAAACUGAGCGUAUGACGAUGUUCCGUGAUAAAAGCGCAUUGUAUGGCAGAAUACUGAAGGAGGGUGAAAAACCAUCGUGGCCUUAAAGGCGACAUUUUACCAUAGUAUGAAAUAUACUGAUUAAAUCUUAAAGAA